AUGUUAUACUUAAUUGGGUUAGGCCUUGGCGAUGCAAAAGAUAUAACCGUAAAGGGGCUUGAAAUUGUGAAAAGCGCAGAGAGGGUGUAUCUUGAGGCAUAUACUUCAAUACUAACUGUUGGAAAAGAGGAGCUUGAAAAGUACUAUGGAAGAGAGAUUAUAUUAGCAGAUAGAACCUUAGUAGAGCAAGAUGCAGAGUCAAUUCUCCAGGAUACAGAAACCAAAGAUGUUGCUUUUCUUGUAGUAGGGGACCCAUUUGGAGCAACUACACAUACUGACCUUAUUAUUCGAGCUAAAGAGAGGGGUAUUCAAUACAAAGUUAUACAUAACGCUUCUAUACUUAAUGCAGCUGGCUGUUGCGGCCUUCAGCUCUAUAGUUUUGGAGAAACUGUAUCCAUCGUGAUGUGGGAAGAUGAGUGGACGCCAGAAAGUUUCUAUGAUAAGAUUGUUGCUAACAAAGAAAGGGGACUUCAUACACUUUGUCUUCUAGACAUAAAAAUGAAAGAACAAAGUGUUGAAAACAUGAUGAAACGAAAGAAAAUCUACGAACCUCCAAGAUUUCUUGCGUGUGCAGAUGCAAUUAAACAGCUAUUGACUAUAUCAGAAAAAAGGAACUCUACCAAUAAAACAGAUAUCAGUCCGGACACCUUAUGCAUCGGACUUGCACGUGUGGGUUGGGAUUCGCAAAAGAUAAUAGCUGGAACGAUGUCUCAGAUCAAAGAUUACGAUCUUGGUCCACCCAUCCAUUCCCUAGUUAUUCCAGGGAAAAUGCACUUUUUGGAGGCCGAUAUGGUUAAGCAGUUUGCAGUAGAUCCUGAUGUUUUUACUUGCACCUGAGGAGAUUUGACCUGACAAGCUCAGCAUAUGUGAUGCAGAAAUGAUUGCAGCGACCUUUGUUUAUGCAUUGCGCUGGGAUGGCGCUAAAGAGGUGGUACUCUUGUUCUUGGACAAGCUUGUGAACCCUUUCUGCAAUCAAUGUAUGUUUUUCCGAAACAUGUCAUGCUAUCAGAGAAUCUUAUAGAAUUUGGUAAAAAUGUAAAGUCUUAUUUGAUUUUAUAGUUUUUACAAGUUUUUUUAGUUUUGCAAUAAAAAACCCGUGUUUAUCUGUGCAAAAUAGUGACUACUUUGUGUCAACCUGAAACGCUCCAAAGCGAUGUUAAAUACAUCUCAUAGACGUAUCUAUUCACAAAGAAACAAUUUCUUUAUAGCCUGGUUAUAACUCCUUUUUGAUUUCACAUGAAAGGCUACAUUAUAGUCAUUUUUAUAUGAUAUUCCAUCUUUUUCUCGGAAGAGUGUCCUAAUUAUUUUCUGCAAAACAGCUUAACUAUUCUGAUAUAAAACUCUAGCUGUCGCUGUAAAUGUAGCCUGGGCCCCAGUCCAUAAAUGCUAUUAAAGCUCAUUUUUUUCAUACAGCAUUUAGAGAUGUUAAAGCUCAAACGUUUUGGAGAGGGCAAUUAAAUUUUUUGCUAUUUUGUUGGGAUUUGUACAAAAAUUUGAUGUUUAGCUUUUUAUGUUUUCCUUACCUCGCCCCUCCCCUAGAUUUCAUGUUUAGAAUAAUUUAUUCCCCACUGCAGCUCUUUGAACUGCAUAAACGAGCUAAGUAACUAUAUUUUCGCGGAAGCUUUUCCUAUUUUUUAUCUAAUUAGAUAAUAAUAUCAUUGAAUAUCAUGACUACAUACCAAUAUUUGCAAUAAAAACAAUAUCUUCGUUGGUUUCCA